GGGAGAUCUCUCGGUCACCGGAAUAUCUUUGCUUGACAGGCCUUGGAAACGUGACAAGACCCAGGACUCGUCAGCUGACAACCAAGGAGGGAGAGUGUUUCCGCUUUGACCACAAACACUCAGAGGGACACUCAGUGCGACUGCUGCCCGGAGUCAACGCUGGCGAGCCCCCGUCUCACAGGACGACGUCGUUAGCUCCGCAGCUAAUCCAUCUGUUGUGGACACUGGAGCGAUCACCGGGCCUCGGAAUGGAGAAAGCCAAACAAGAUGCAUUUGACAAUGCAAGACUUCAGGUGAUCAAAGAUGGCUAUGAGAGGGCCUUUGAGUGCAUCAAUAAAGGACUGACAGCAGAUGAGGCCGGGGACAAGGCGCAGGCCCUGCAGGAGUACAAGCAGGGACGACAGCACCUUCUCAGGGCCAUCAGUGUGCCUUCACGGGGAGACGAGUGUGUUGGCAGCUCCUGGGAAUCAGCCAGGCAGAUGCAGCAGAAGAUGCAGGAGACCCUCAACAACAUCACCACUCGCCUAGCUGUGUUGGAGACCAGCUCGGACCUUGCAUCUGAACCUGUGCUUAGCUCCGGUGAGGUGUGUGGUUCUGGUGAUGCAGGCACGUCUUCAAGAGGACUCUACCCCAAACUCUCCACCAAAGAGAAGCCGGAGAGACCAGCUCCACCAAAGUUAACUUUUGGCCAGACUUCUCAAAAUGGCCAGAUAGCAGGAGCUGUAGGAGGUGUGCCUGCACGCAGCAGUGUGGGUCUACCCGUUUCACCUACAAGACAGCCUGUGGUUCAAGGCGAGCAGCCUCCAGCUUACUCCCCUCAGGCUGCUGAUGGCCACCUGUCUAUCUCCUAUGGGACAGAUGCAGGGGAGAUGUCACUGGUUGGGGAGGAGUUCUACAGCAACACAUCCAACUCUUCACCAUCUCCUCAGAGCUUGGGUGAAGACGGAGAGGAGCUGCUGUUUCUCCCUCAUGGAGUGCAGAUAUUCUUUGUCACACCUGAAGGCCAAGUGAGUGCUCCCUCCUACCCAGGCUACCUGCGGCUGGUGAGGUUCACUAGUGAGCGCUCAGAGACAAUGCCCAACCGACCCCCGGCAUUCCUACAGGUGUGUGAUUGGCUGUACCCUCUCAUGGCCAUGGACUCUCCGGUGUUGCUGUGUAACACCGGGGUGUUUAUGUUUCCUGACAUGAUGGCUCCGGCUCCUGGCUACUACGUGGGGGUGGUGCUGUCCUCGGAGCUGCCUGCUGCUGACAGAGAGUUGUUCCAGGACCUGCUGUCCCAGAUGACAGAUCUCAGGGUCCAAGUGAGUGCUUCACCACCGGUGUUUCAGCAGCCUGAGACAAAUGUCAACAGUGCCCCAGAUGAAGCAGCCGAUACCAUUAAUCUCAGUCAGAAGGUGCCCAUCGCUCCGCCUGAGGAGGAAGCUCCGGCUGCAGCCGAAGAGGAUAAAUCACUGCCCGAAUGGAGUGAAAAGGUGGCACAUGGCAUCCUAACAGGUGCGUCCUGGCUCAGCUGGGGACUGGUGAAAGGAGCCGAGUUCACAGGCAAGGCCAUUCACAAGGGGGCAGCCAAACUCCGAGAACACAUUACUCCAGAGGACAAACCCACCCAAGUCAGCCCCACCGUCACCAAAGGCCUCCAGGUUGCCAAGCAAGCCACCGGAGGAGCCGUCAAAGUCAGCCAGAUCCUAGUGGAUGGUGUUUGUACCGUUGCUGGUUGUGUGGGCCGAGAAAUUGCCCCACAUAUGAAAAAACAUGGAGGCAAGCUGAUCCCAGAAUCGAUGAGGAAAGACAAGGAUGGGCGCUCCAACAUUGAUGGAGCCAUGGUGGUGGCUGCAAGCGGAGUACAAGGAUUUGCAACCAUGUGGACUGGCUUGGAGGUGGCAGCAAAGAACAUCACCACAAGUGUAGCGGCAGAGACGGUCACCACCGUCAAACAUAAGUAUGGGGCAGAAGCGGGCCAAGCCACCGACCACGCUGUCAACUCUGCCAUUAACGUAGGCGUCACCGCCUUCAACAUUGACAACCUGGGGAUCAAAGCCGUGGUGAAAAGGACCGGCAGGCAGACAGCGCAGGCCAUCUUGGAGGAUUACCAUCUCCAGGAGAGACCAGAGAAGGAGAAGCAAGUAGAAAAACUGGAGAAAUAGUCUGCAGUCCCCUACCUCCCUCCCUCCCUCUCUCAGCAGCGCCUUAAUAUAUAAUUUGUAUUCUUAUAUCAAAUAAAUCUAUAUUUAAUAUACUGUAUUUACGGUACAUAUUUUAUAUUUACAAGAUGACUACUAUUAUUUGCAUAUCUUAUAGUUUGAUACAGCUCUUUAAGCACUUUAAUCUAUAGGAGUGGUACAUUUAGAUGAACCUAGACGUAGAGGAACUGCAGUGUAAUCUUUAUGGGCACAAUAUUCAUUUUGGGUGUAAACUGACACACUCUAAAAAUCCUGUGUAUAUUGAUUGAUUUUGUGUCACUAGUGUUAACAUCUGAGUUUAGAGUAACUUUCUCAGUGCGGUUUCUAUUAAAGCAUAGCACGGUUUUUGACUGGACAUUGAAAACCUUACUAAUACUCAGAGAGCAUUUGUUUUGGGUUCAGGUUUUUGCAUCCCGGUUGGGGUAAGUGCAAUUUAUCCACUUUGAAGGAAUGUUGCAAAAAAUGAACCGUAUGUCCUGAUUUGAAGAUAUUUUUGUUUCAGCAUUGUUUAAACAGACUGUCUGAUAUACUGUUGUUUUGUUGGUGUUUUUUUUUUUUUCUCAAAUGUUGAAAAAAAAAAAAAAAUCGCUCACUGCUGCUCACUGUGCCUGAAACUGUCAAAGUAUAUGCAAAAGUGAAAUGUUUUGUAAAGUUGGAAAAUCUGUAGCCUUUUUUCUUUACUUUUUAUUAGCUUGCAUUGCAAGAUUGUGACCGGUAUAAGAUGUCAGAUUCUGACAGCUCUGAUCAGAGAGGUUUACCAAAAAGAUAAUUGCUCUUGAAAGCAAAUCUGAGGAGACCAAAACUUUUUUUUUCUAUCAUAUUUGAUAAUACAAUUAAUUUCUACCCUCUACAAUCUGCAGUGCUGUCCUAUUGCUCAUUUCAAAAUGUUGUGUCCACGUGUUUUCAAGAUGCAACGGUAACCUCCAUCAUAGUGUGGGAAUUUGUCCUACUUUGUUAACAUUUCUAAUUUUUGCUAAUAAAAAAAUGUAGAUUCUAACAUUGUGAUAUAUGGACAAAACAUAAAACUCGUCAAUUUUUUGAAAUGUGAUGCAAACAUGACUUCCAAACCUGCUAAUCUUUUACAUUCACGUGUUUUUGAGUGAGGUGGUUCUGGUUUGUCUUAACUGUUUUAAAAACUUGAGCUUUAAACUCCCUGCUGGUGAUUGUUGUUUUGCUAAUGGCUUGUUCUGUAUCUUGGUAGUUGUAUGUAGACAAUUACUUUGACAACUGGCAUAUUAAAAGGAAUUCUGACAAAAUAAAACUUGAAGAAAUGGCA